AUGAUGGACUCGGAAGAGUUGCGCAAUCUGAUGACUCCACAUCUCUUCCUCAACUCGCUGAACCCUCCGGAUCCGGCCAACUUCGAGGCCAACCCGCUCAGUUUCCUUCCUCCAGCCAACCUCCUCAACUUCCCGUUCCUUUUCCAACAACUCAAUCAGCAGCUCACCUCUCCCCCCACCCCACCACAACAGCUGAACGCCCAGUCCAAUACAAAAUCCCCGGCAGAGUCCAAGUUCCACGGACGGCACUCAAUCUGGCGACAUUUCAAGGUUCAACGAGAGCUGAAUGUCUACAAAUGUGAGGUGGGAUUGUGCACAGCAACCUACACAUGGCCACCGUCGACGACCGUGGCGGGUCGACACUUGCGCGACAAACACCCUGAAGUCUACAAUCAGGUCCUGAAUGAGGAAACGGAACGGCGGAGUCGAAAAAGAGCGGCCGAAUGCUCGAAGGAAGAAUGCCAGUCGCCCCCAACCUCAACCCACUCCUCCUCAGACCUCAACCAAAGCUCGACCGACCUUCCCUCGCCUCAAGUCUUCAGUCCGGACUCGGUGAAGCGGCUAAAAUACGAUGAGGAUCUGCUGAGUCGGCUGAGUCAACAGUUCCUUCAUGAACAAGUUCAGGUGUUAAACCCCCUCGGAUUGGAUUAUGUGUUGUGUAAACAAGGUACGAAAAGGAUCAGUCUGAUCUGCGGAGUAAAAAAAUUCACAAAGAGUUUGCCGAUUUGGGAUUUUUCAUCAAAAUUUUCUAUAUCUUUCUCUGCCAACUGUACAGUGGGGGACCUGAUCCAGUGGCAAAAAACGUACCAUUUUGCAUCCGGGAAGUGUAAAGUUUUUGGAAGUACCAAAAAAUGUAGCAAAAUACCUCCCUCUCCAAGCGAAAAAACUCCGAUUUCAAAAGCGCGCCCGCACUUUUUGUGAGGGAGCCCUUCAAAACGAAGCUUUUUCACUUGGAGAGGGAGGCAUUUUGCUAAAAUUUUUGGUACUUCCCGGAUGCAAAAUGACACGUUUUUUGCCACUGGAUCAGGUCCCCCACUGUAGAUUACAGUUUUGAAAAAUGCAAAUUUCACCUGCCGAAUAAUCCGGCGUGGAACCUCCCUGGUUACAAUUAACUUACAACUAAUUAGUCUGCCGGAUGAAAUUCGGGGAUUCGAAUAUUAAAAAUAUCCAUUUUCGAUUAAUCAAAUUGCAAUUGCAAAUUAAUUUGAUAAUCCGCCUCUAAUCGGGGCCCCGGGUAAAUUUAGUUUCGUCUUACGCAAUUCAUAAAUAUAUUUAGAUUCAGGUUUUGUCGCGCAACCGGAUUCGGAAAUCUCUUGCGCACACCUUGGUGGGGCGAGGAAAGGGAAAGCCGCCUUUUGCCUUUGGGUUUCGACGCCCGAAAGACAACCUUGAAUCCCGGACGUGGCGAGGUUGGAAUUAACACCAUUUCAGGUGGUUAUCAGAGCGGAACUGAGCUAGCUUUAAUUCUAACCCUAUUCUGAUACAGUUAGUCACUCUUGAACUACUAAAGCUCAUUAGAUAUUACUGUAAUUCAUACCUAAAAUACGAUUUUUCCGAAGUGAUAUCUAGUGCGCCCAGUGCGAUAGAAAAAAAUGGCAAGGCCCGUCCGAGAGUUCGUUUAUUACCAAAAACGCUCUGGAUUUGGCUUCAUGGCCGAAAAUCGAUAUUCAAAUUCGAUUAGACCAUCCAUAAAUGGUAACGUCUCUAACCAAACUUGGGGAAAUCUUAUUCAUCAGCUCCCUCGUGAAUAAUUCGUUUUUCUUUCAGAAUCCGAAGAUGAGAAACGCGAGAAAGUCAUGUCUGGCGACUAUGAGUGGUCCGCAAAGAAGGUAAGCAUAACAGUUUUUGUUAUUAUUAUAGUUAUCAUCUCCUAGUAACAAGUGUAAUAUAAUUUUGAUGUUUUGAGGGGGAAACUUGUAAUAAUUAUAUGAAAACAAUGUCUAAAAUAACUAAUUAUAACUUCGUCUUACUGAUUCAAGACAAAACUUUGCAAAUUUUUUCGAAAAAUCAACAAUUUUUGCCCAAAAUUUGAAAGCUUGCAGCGAAAAUCAUUUCUUUGGCAUUUUGAUUCCAAGACUGAUGGACGCAAUUUCGGACCGAGGUUCCGUGAAGUCUCGGGUAGCUAAUGCAAGCAUGGUAUUCCGAAAUUUCUUGAAAGGAUCUCCCAAAAGAACCUUUUUGAGCGUCCGAUCCAACUCUCAGCGAUCGGUUCGGAUUGUCGAUGAAUCUGUAAGGUUUUUAGCGGGAAGCUUGUGUUUUUACGAUGUUUACCAUGUAGCGUGGGAAGUGCUGAGAAAGCUUUGUCUUGUUUUGCUUUGUUUACGGGUUUUAUUUAUAUUAUUCUUCAGCCGUCGCCGGAUCCCGGUCUUGCUUGUGAAUUGGACCGACUUCGAGAGCAGGACACAUCGCAGCGAAUGAAAAUUCAGAAACUGACCGAAAACCUGAACGAUUUCAAAGAGGAGAUCGAGAAUCUUCGAGCCAGAAACGAGGUUCUGGAGAAAAAAGGAUCAAAGUGAGUCUACUACAAUAUCCGUCCUAUUUUGCUUCCCGAACAGCCCUAGAUUAGCAUUUCAUCGUACCGAAUACCUCGUGCGGGGACCUCGGGAUCGGAUUUUGUAUCUAUUUGAAUGUUUUUUAUCACCGGGAGUAUUAAAUUUAUAUUAUCCAUGAGAUUAACCCGCUGUUUUCAGUGUUGACGAUGAAAUUGGCGUUUUUCAAGAGCGGAUCAACCGAUUGGAGGCUGAGAAGAGCAGAGUGGAGCAAGAACUCAAGGAAGUGAGCGCGAGUUUGAACAAAAAGUCGUCUGAACUACAUGUAAGGCAUCAUUUCACAUUAACCCUGUUUCGACUGCGAAGGAUAAGAUAAAUGGCUCGUUUUUGCAGGAAAUCAGAGAACAAAACUCCGAACUUCGAACCCAGAUGACCAGAACGAAGCGUGAGCUGAGUGAAAUCGCCGAGGAUCAAGGAAGAACGGCCUCAGAAUCGGAGUUAUCACUCUUAAAAAAAUCGAAACGAGAUUUGGAGCAGAAAGUCUCGGAAUUGGAGGAUGAGCUUGAUGAAAUGGUCAAUAAGAACGAUCUAUUGGAACAAAACGUCACUAGACUCAACUUGAAUAUGGAUAGAAUGAGGAGCGAUAAUGCCAGGGAGACGGAAACUAGAGAAGAAGAGCUCAGCGAACUCAGAGCCCAACAUCAACGAAGGGUAAGAUAAUAUUGACAAUAUUCAUGAGUCAAAAGACCCUCAUUAAAUUUUAAGACAAUAUUUAUGGCCCAUUUGUCCUUUUUUGCAAUAUCUCUUUGAUUUUUUCAACUUUAUUUUUUCGGUUAUAUUAUUCAUGACAAAAAUUUUAGGUCCGAACAUACGAAGAACAACUCGCCGACCUCACAGAAGCCAAUAAUAACUUGCAACGACAAAUGAAGCUCCUAGAACAGAGAAGUCGUCAGUUUGAGACGCAAUCUCAAUAUUCUUAUGAGACUGUUGGGUCAAACAACUACAAAAGAGAAUUCAAAAAGACGGCGGCGUUGUUGAAAGACACUCAGAAUUUGUUGGCCAUGGAGCGACAGAAGAGCGACAAGGCGCCGUUGAUCAGGAAGUUGAGGCUUCAGUUGGAAGAGGCGGAGGAAGCCAAGAUGUCCGCGGUCAGGUCCAAGUACUCGUUGGAAAAUGAGCUGGCCGAGCUGAAUUCUGAGGUAAGGAUGGAAAUUUUUUGACAGAUUAAGGUAUUCUAAUGUGUGACGAACUGUUUAGAAGAGAGUUUUUUCAAGUUCUAGACAAAAUAACAGGCCUUUAUUUAUUUUUCUAACUUGAUCUUAUUUCAGAUUGAAAACCUCCGGCAAGCGAAGAAAUCCCUCGAAGAUCGUGUCCGCGACCUCCUCUCGGACAAGGCUGCUGCUGUAUCGACCUCCAAAGACCUGGAAGAACAACUGAAUUCCGUCCUGAGAGAUUACCGAAACGCCGUUCUCCAAACCGAAAAUGAUUCGCGCCUCAUCAGCCAGAAGGCGCAGAUGAUCGCGGAAUUGGAAGCCAACAAACAAGACCUCACGCAACAGCUGGCCGAAGCCCAGAGUCAAGUCGCCUACCUCAAAACCCACUAUGUUGAAGCCCAUAAAGUCACUGUUCUCGAACGUUCUCUGGUCGAUUUGAAGUCGAGAAUUGAAUUCGAAAGAGCCGAGAAAGUAAAGUUUGAGGCAUCCUCGAACCGACUCCAAGAUGAAGUAGAUCGAUUGGAGGAUCAGUUGGGUGAAUUGCAGAGGACGUUGAUCAAACAACAGGAUAUGGCUGUGAAGCAUAAAAGGGAACUGUCAAAUGAAGCCGAAGCCAACAGAGAAUUGAGGAAGAGAGAGGAGGAAGUGGCCAGCAAGUACAAGAAAGCUGUAAGUUAUAGUUCGGAAAUUAUUUUUGAGGAAAAUAAGAAAAAAAUUGGACGUUGUAGUAGACGGUUGUCUAGUGCAAUAUAAUUUUUUCUGAUUUAUCUCGAAAUUUCAGUUUCAUAUGACUGAUAAAGGACUCUAAACUAAUUUUCAAUAUUUUUAGCGCGAUGAAAUUGAUCAAAUCCAGUCAGAACACGCCCAGACCACCUCAGACCUGGCGUUGGCUCUUCGAAGAAUUGACGCCCUGCAAGCUGCUCUCAAUGCCAACUCCGAUGUGGAUGAUGACGAUGAGAGGGACGACCUCACAGACGAUGAGACCGAAGCAGAUGUUCAAUCUGACGCCCUGGAGCUCAACGAUUCGGACGUGAAAAAAUCGGAGGAAUCGUCCGAAAACGGAAAAGUAGAACACACCCAGCCUAUCACUGCUUGA